AUGUCUAUUCCUGAAUAUAUCGAAUUAGAAGGAGGAUAUCGCAUGCCGAGAAUCGGAUUCGGCACUUGGCAAGCAUCCAGUGAGGUUCUGGAGCAAGCAGUCGACGCAGCACUGGAGGCAGGGUACCGGCAUUUCGACACAGCGCGCGCCUAUGAAAAUGAGUUGGCUCUCGGGAGUGCUCUCAACCGAUGGAUUGGAGGAAACCCUGAAAAGCGAAAAGAAUUAUUUGUUGUCACAAAAUUACCCCCAGGAGGUAAUAAGCCAGAGCUGGUCCAAGAAUAUUUUAAUAGCUCCUUUGAAGACCUCAAUCUGCAAUAUUUGGAUAUGUAUCUGUUACACACUCCGUUCGCUUUCGAGCAUGUCCCAGGAGACCUUCAUCCCAAAAACCCGGAUGGCAGCGCCAAGAUGGAUCAUACAACUGACCUGCUUGCGUUAUGGAAGGCUGUAUUAAAAUUGAAAGAGUCCGGUCGUGUUCGCCUGGUUGGAGUAUCUAACUUGAAUGUGGAGCAAUUGGAACGAGUGUGCAGUGUUGAGAAACCAGCGUGCUUGCAAAUAGAGAAUCAUAUUUUAUGUCAACAGCCAGGAUUAGUUGCUGCUGCUAAUAAAUUGGGCGUGCCUAUUGUCGCGUAUUCACCUCUUGGAUCUAAGGCCUUAGCUGAUGCAAAAGCAGCCCAAACAGGGCUUAAGUACCCCGAUUUGCUGCAGUUAGCAGAAGUGCAACGUAUUGCGCAAUUGCAUGGGCGUACUCCCGCACAAGUACUCUUGAGGUACAGUCUCCAGAGAGGACUGGCUGCCAUCCCGAAGAGCAUAAACCCUAUCCGCAUUAAGCAGAACAUUUCAGUUUAUGACUUUUGCCUAAGUGAGUCUGAAAUGAAUGAGUUGGCGACUCUAGACCGCGGCGAAAACGGCCGCGUGUGUGAUUUUACGUUCUUCGUUGGUGCUGACAAACAUCCAGAAUUUCCAUUCAAGAAAUAA